AUCAAUACGUUCAAGAAAAGAUUCAAGAAAUACAGAAUUGUCCAUCCGAAAAUCAGAAAAAAGACAAAAGAAGUGAGUAUGGAGUAACGGAAAAGGGAGGAGCGUUCGAUAUCCUGAAGAGCUUUCGUGGAAAUAACAAAACCCCUAUUGAAAUAUUACAUACCAUACUUCUUGGACCUGUUAAGUAUAUGCUGUCCGAUACGAUGAAAUCCUUAUCCCAGGGAAGGAAGGAGCAGCUGCAUGCAAAGAUACAAGCACUUGACAUGAGCGCAUUUCCAGCCACAAUACGAGGGAACAUCACGAGGAACUAUGGUUCGUAUGUUGGAAGAGACUUCAAGUUGUGGAUGCAGGUUGCUGUAUUUAUCCUGGAAGAUAUCAUCCCUCAUGAACAACUCUUUGUCUGGGAAUUGUUGAGUGAGAUAUUUGCAUUGGCAUAUUCAAGUGGGUUCGACAAAAGAAAUUCAGAAGGGGCAAAGCAGUUGUUCAAGACAUUUAUAGAUGCAGUGACAAGAAUUUACCCAGAGUUUUUGAAGAAAGCAAAACUCCAUCUUCUUCUUCAUCUUGUUGAUGAUAUUGAAAAUCUGGGGCCUGCAAAUGGAUUCUCAACUGAAAGAUUUGAAGCCUUCAACCACUUCAUCCGAGGCCUGAAUGUCAACAGCAACAGACAUGCAUCAAGCUUGGAUAUUUGCACAAAAUUUGCAAAGUUGGAAAAGCUUCGUUUUGUUCUAAGUGGAGGAAAAUGGGGAAAGCAUAAUGAGUGA